CCGCGCUCAGGUGUCUCUGUGAAAAAGUGAGAGCUGCACGAAGGUGAUAGAGAGCGUUUGUAUUUGUUGAUACAGGUUUUUUUUUUUUCUCGUCAAGGUCGAGGCAAUGAGUGACAACGAAGAGAAGGACUACGCUGAGCGGGCCUCUCGUUCUGCUUCCCGAAGUCGAAGUCCAGUUGGAUCAGGCAAAUCUGCAAGCAGGUCUCCUGCUCAGUCCCCAGGACAUUCACGAUCCAAAGAGGGUUCCCACCACUCCAGAUCAAAGUCAAGGUCACGUUCUAGAUCAAAAUCAAGGUCACGUUCUCACCGUAGUUCUCGCCGACGUUACUCACGCUCACGUUCUAGGUCCCGAUCACAUCGGAGAAGAUCCAGGAGUAGGUCAUACAGUGGAGAAUACCGCCGCCGAAGGAGUCACAGCCAUUCUCCAAUGUCUAAUCGCAGACGUCACAUUGGAAACCGAGCAAAUCCAGAUCCCAACUGCUGUUUGGGGGUGUUUGGGUUGAGCCUUUAUACAACAGAAAGAGACUUGAGAGAAGUAUUUUCAAAAUAUGGUCCACUCGCUGAUGUCAGUAUAGUUUAUGACCAGCAGUCUCGACGCUCAAGAGGAUUUGCAUUUGUUUAUUUUGAAAACAAGGAAGACUCUAAGGAAGCUAAAGAGCGUGCUAAUGGCAUGGAACUUGAUGGUCGUAGAAUCAGAGUUGAUUUCUCAAUAACCAAGAGGCCACACACUCCUACCCCUGGAAUUUACAUGGGCAGACCAACAUAUGGUGGAGGAUCGAGACGUUCCAGGGACUACUAUGACAGGAGUUAUGACCGAAGUUAUGACAGAUAUGAUGACCGAGAUUACUACAGUCGGUCUUAUCGACGUAGAUCUCCUUCACCUUACUACAGCCGUGGAGGAUACAGGUCUCGUUCUAGGUCUCGGUCAUACUCCCCACGUCAUUACUGACAAGCAAGAUGUCCCAGUAGUUUGUAAUGUUUCAGGAAUUUUUUUUCCGGAAGAGUGCUGCUUUUUUCAAGUUGGAAGAUUUUUUCCGUGUACUUUUAUUUUUUUAUUUUUUUUUCUUUUUUCUUUUUUUGCAUCUUCAUUGUUAGGAGACAAUUAAAUUUAAAAUGCAGGGUUUUCAUCCUGGUGCAAAUUGUUUCUGUAGUUUUCCCUCAUAUUGUGAGUGUUCAGCCUAUCUUUGUGAAAUGUCAGUUUUCACUUGGUUUCUGUUCCAUUGAUAUGGCUUAUUGUAAGCAGUACAGGGUGUCAUGUAUACGCUUUUAAAUUUGUAGUAAGUGAGCAAUAAAAAUGCUUCUUUACA